AUGAUUCCUGAGGGUCUUCAGCAGCAGGAGCAGGACCCCACUAACCUGUACCUGUCUAAUCUGGCCGUCUCUGUGGAUGAACAGGAGCUGGAGGCGCUGCUUAGACCCUUCGGUCAUGUGAUCUCCACGCGGAUAUUACGGGAUGCCAGCGGCAUGAGUAGAGGUGUCGGCUUCGCCAGGAUGGAGUCCACAGAGAAAUGUGAAGUUGUUAUACAACAUUUCAAUGGAAAAUAUCUCAAGACUCCAGCAGGAAUCCCAGGUCCGUCUGAACCGCUGCUGUGCAAGUUUGCUGACGGUGGUCAGAAGAAGAGACAAACUCAGAGUAAAUAUCUACAGAACAGCCGAGCAUGGAGGGAAGGAGAGGUAAGAUCUCACACACACACACACACACUCUCUCUCUCUCUCUCACACACACACACUCUCUCUCUCUCUCAUAGGUUCUACUCUUCUCCGUACAGCAUCACUGCUAACCGGAUGAUCGCGCAGGCAUCCAUCACUCCGUUCAUCACCGCUUCACCCAUCUCUGCAUAUCAGGUUCAGAGCUCAGCGUGGAUGCCGCCGCAGCAGUUUUUGAUGCAGCCGACAGGAGCGGUCCUCAGUCCAGCUCUAGAUCACAGUGCUGCAUCAGCGGCCAUAAUGACUCCACUAACACAACAGAUGAGUCAGCUGACACUGGGAUCUUCUGCUAAUUAUAUAACGGCUCCGGCUCCUGUGGCCCCUAUGCAAGGAACAUUCAUCCAUCAGUUAACGCCGGGCCCUCCGUCAGCACUUCCUGUAGAGACGGUGGCUGCCUCUUCACAGGACGUCCAUUUAACACAGCAACAGAUCGCCAUGGAAACCAGUGACUAUAUUCAACCCUGCUCCUACCAGUCCAAAUAGCAUCCUGAAGAGGUGAAUGUACGUCAGCGUUGCCUUCUGAUGGAGAUCAGACGCUCUGCACUGAAAAUACAGACACACGAUGAACAUCCAGGUGACCUCGGCACCAAAAACACUGACUUCUUUCCCA